CGGCCGGGUCGGGGUCCGCGGGGGAGCAGCGGGGCCGCGGGGCCGCGCCGGAGAAAUCAAGAAUGCUUAAACUGGAUUUAUCAUUCAUCCUGCAACGAGCCUGAAACGCCUCUCCACAGAGCUUUAUGUCUGAGGACUUUGUUUCUGGGUGAAGAAUGCAGACUAUAAAGUGCGUGGUGGUCGGAGAUGGCGCGGUGGGAAAAACUUGUCUCCUCAUCAGCUACACCACCAACGCCUUCCCAGAAGAGUACAUCCCCACUGUGUUUGACAACUACAGUGCCCAGAUGACUGUGGAUGGCCGGACAGUCAGCCUGAACCUCUGGGACACUGCGGGGCAGGAGGAGUACGACCGCCUGCGCACGCUCUCCUACCCCCAGACCAAUGUCUUCAUCAUCUGCUUCUCCAUCGGCAGCCCCUCCUCCUACGCCAACGUCAGGCACAAAUGGCACCCUGAGGUUUCUCACCACUGUCCAAACGUCCCCAUCCUUCUGGUGGGCACCAAGAGAGACUUGAGAAGUGACCUGGAAACGGUUAAAAAGUUGAAAGAGCAGAGCUUGGCUCCCACUACCCCGCAGCAGGGGACUUCACUGGCCAAACAAAUUGGGGCAGUCAAAUAUUUGGAGUGCUCGGCGUUGAAUCAGGAGGGUGUUCGGGAGGUGUUUGCUGAAGCUGUCCGUGCAGUUCUGUAUCCUGUGACAAAGAAGAACACAAAAAAAUGUGUCCUGUUGUAGUUGCCUUGUGUGAUGGAUGUUGGAAGUUGACUAGAAUCUUGGAGGGCUUUUUAACGAGUUAAAUUGAAGAUUUGCAUCUUGCACUAACAGCUCUAAGCAGAAAUGGUUUAUACAAUAAAUAUUCUUGCAGUCUUACUGCUUCAGGGAAACUGAAACGGAACAGUUUUUUUUUUUUUUUCCCAACUGAGAGGUCAAAUACCUACUCUAUUUCUAAAGUUCCAGUCUCCAGCUUCUCCAGGGAUCACUUGAUUAUUUUAGUGGAGGAAAAUAAAAGAGGAGACCUCUUUGGAGCCACUUCUUUACUAGAUAGCCAUCAGUUACUAGAUUUGCUGAAAAGCACAAAUCCCGAUAACUUUGCUUUAAGUGUAGCUGCUGCUUUUCCCAUCCUUCAUUUACUGAUUGAAUUUGUUUUACAAACAGAAGUCUGGCUGUCCAGUUGUUUUAUCAAUUUCAAGCUUGAAAACAAUUUGUUUACUUGCAAAAAUGCCUGAACUGAGAUUCACCUUGUAGUGAACUGUGAUUGAUUGUAUGAAGAGUUAGCAUUAGGCAUGGUUAAUGCAAUGAGCAAGACCAAGGGAAUACCUGCAAUGAUUUAUUAAUAGAAGCAGGAGCUGAUUUCUCCUUAUGUAAGGAACUUAGAAUAAUGAUGACUCACUCAAAUGAGUGAUUUUCAUGGUUUUGAGGUGGAGAAGUGGAAGAAUAGUUUAGAUUGAAGUCUUCCAUAAUCUUCUAAACUGAGAUUUUAUUUCACUGUCCAAAGAGACUUUGCACCCUGAGAAUAAAGUUUUAACAAUUACCUUCUCAGGCUGACUGAGGUAUUUGGGAUGACACUUCUCAAAAUGAGAUUUUCAGUGUAAUCCCUUUGAUGAAUCCCAGAGACUUGACAGCAGCCUGUUCGCUCUUGAGGAAUUAAUUGCUUCAAUUCCUAACAUUCUCGGGGCCACCAUCUGAGAUUUUUAUGGCAAAUUCCUUCGUUGUUUUUCUGUGAGAAGGCUGACAGAAAAUUUGGAGGUUCUGUUUACAGGAACCCCUGCUUCUUCCUAUUUUCAGUUCAGUCUGUAAUGGUUAGCCAGUCACUGGAUAGGAGGAUUACCUGGGUGGUUAUUUCCUCUCCUGGAUGCUCAGUUCUUAUGAACUCUUUUUAACUGAACUUCUAUUUACAUACUUUUUAACCUUCUUUAGCAGCUCUAGUAAGUGGCAGCUGGCUUUUAUUUUCAGGAUGUGCACUGUUCUUUAUGUGUGGUUCCGGGACCAGCUGAGGAGUGAGCGCAUGAGCCCUUCCUUAGACUCAACCUUCCAGCUCCGUGGUAUGAAAGCAGCAUGCUUCAAAGAUACUUUGUGUGAAACCACUGGUGCUGGACUGGGCUUUGUUGUCUGAAGUUGACAGUGCUGUCUUUGUCUGGCUGCAGCCUCAAUUGGUCAUUCAGAACUUGCUUUUUUCUUGUGAUUCCCACACAUGCGAAACUGCACUGGUGUAUACCCUGGUCAGGGAAAAAAAAAAAAGUGCCUCAUUUUAGCAAGAUAACAGAAAAUACAUCAACAAGGUUAUUAGGGAUCUUGUGUUAAUUUGACCUUGCUUUAUCUGAU